AUGGUUUCCAUGGAAAAGAUUAUCACUCGAGUAACGGAGACUCGGUGGUCGAAACUGUACAUUAGCACUGCCUCACUACAAUGCAUCAUCAUCAUCGUCCUUCAAUCUGUAAUCUGUUACCAAAACUCAACCCAGACUAGUUUUCUUCCGGAAUCGAAUCACACCAAGACAAAAGAGAUGACCAUAGCAGUAGCCGCAUUCGAUCGGCUCAGUCGUAUCAAGUGGGAAAACGUGUCAUUUAUUGGUUUCCAGCUUUGGUUUGUGGGCAUGGCUUUUGAUGCUACUGUGUACCAAAAUACGGCAGAAAUUCUAGCUCUGGCUAUUCUCAAUGUUCUCUGCGCCGUACUUGGUGCCCUUGAGGUCGUGGACGGCUACAAGUGGAUGAGAUUACUUGCCGAGACUUCAUUUUCUACCAUCCCACUCUCUAUUGCACGAGAUAUCGAAAUUGCACUAUCAAUUGUGAUCAUGCUGUUUGCCUGUGCAAUGUGUUAUCUCAGUUUUGCGAUGUCUAGGCAAUUUGGUUGGAAUAUUUACAAGAAGAUUGGUGCUGAUAUUCAGAUUCAACGCAAGUAUCUUACCUAA